GAGAAAUGAGAGAAAAGGUGGAAGGAGUAGGCCUAGCCUAUUUCAGAAUAUGUUCUGAAAUAGUCCCUGUUAGCGGCCAAACUACAUCAAACACUCAGUUAUGUCUGGAUCCUUUUCUUCACAAAGCAGAAAGCCUCUGUUGAUACUCAACGUGGAGGUUUGGAUGGAGGGUCUACUGAACCAGUGGCUAUGGCAACAGGAGUACUGGCUGCCCCCAGGCAUUACGUGGAAAGACAUGCGGAUGGAGGAGAGGAUGGAGAAAGGGAGUCGGUACCCUCGUCCCCGUGAUCUGCUUCUCACUUUGCCUCUGGCACUAGGCUUCAUUGCCCUCCGUUAUGUCUUUGAAAGGGUCAUAGCUUUGCCACUCAGCAGACGUUUUGGUGUCCGGGACAGGCAACGGGUACGAGUUGCCUUUAUCCCAAAACUGGAGGCGUUUUACUUAAAGAAAAGAAAGCAGCAGCCUUCACAGAGUGACAUCCUUGGCCUGGUGAAGCAGUGUGGUCUAACUCGGAGGCAAAUUGAGACAUGGUUCCGCCAUCGCCGCAACCAGGAUAAACCGAGCAACACCAAGAAGUUUUGUGAGGCCUCGUGGAGGUUUGUCUUCUACCUCAUAGCAUUCUCAGCAGGCCUUGCCUCUCUUAUAGAUACCCCCUGGUUUUGGGAGCACAGGGAGUGUUGGCAAGGGUACCCCAAACAGCUGGUUGCCGAGGCUCACUACUGGUACUACAUCCUGGAGUUGAGCUUCUACUGGUCCCUACUGCUCUGUGUGUCUGUAGAUGUGAAGAGGAAGGAUUUCAAGGAACAGAUUAUUCACCAUAUCGCCACCAUCUUCCUCAUCGGCUUCUCAUACUGUUCUAACUAUGUACGUGUGGGGACUCUAGUCAUGUUAGUCCACGAUUCCUCGGACUUCCUUCUGGAGUCCGCUAAGAUGUUCAACUAUGGUGGAUGGAGAAAGACCUGUGACGUGCUGUUUGUCAUGUUUGCAGUGAUUUUCUUGGUGACUCGGCUAGUGGUCUUUCCAACUAGAAUUGUCUACACUACACUUGUGGAUUCUCUAGAUUUUUUCGCCCCAUUCUUUGGCUACUACUUCUUCAAUGCCCUUCUCCUGGUGUUACAAGCGCUGCAUAUCUUUUGGGCCUGGCUGAUCCUGCGCAUGGUCUACAAGUUUGUCUUCCUUGGCAAGGUGGAGCGUGAUGAGCGGAGCGAUGAAGAGAGUGAUGUUGAGGAAGAGGAGGAAGAGAAGGAGGAGUGUAGUUGGGAGCAAAAGAAAGGCACCCUGAACUCUAAACUUGCCUCACUGGCCAACAACUGUGUCCUCAAUAACUUAACCCAUCAAAGAAGAAAUAUGAGUUACCGGAUGGCCAAUACCAGAUAGUACUAAGAUCAAACAAGAGGUUGAUAUGUAUUAUCCUGGUUUCCUAGAGCUAACUUUGUGGUUUAUGCAUUACUACUGAAGUCCACUCAUAAUUUCACAUUAGUUCACAGUCAUAUUGGGAAAUAAUACAAAAGAAAGACGUGUUCUAAUUUCGUCACAGACUAUUUGUUGUCACUCCACUGUUUCAAACACAAUGGAUUUGUUUUAAAAUUGACAAAAGAGACAUGGCAGGAAUAUCAGUUUUGUUUCAUUUUCUGGUUACAGUAAUUCUUUUUGGGCUCUUCACUCUUGUAAUUACUUGCCUUUAUUUGUCAUUCAAGACCUGUAGAUCUACUCAAAAUGUAAAGGUGUAUGUAGUGUAUGUAAUGUAGUGUGAUGAAAAAGAAAAAUUGAAACGCUUUUUUAAAGAAUUGUACAAUUACAUUAUGAGUGUCUGUGACGGACAGGUUGUACAGAACUGGAAGUUGUUAGGUGACUGUGAAUUUGUUUAAAGUAAUAUACUGGUAUUUUACAUGUGAAAGAUAAAUAAACAUACGUUGAUUGAAA